GGCCACGCUCUAGUUCGUGCGUUUAGAGUAGUAGUCCAACAAGGUAAGAGCGACCACAAACAGAGUGCUUCAAAGAAACAGGGGAAAGCAGAGAACGGAGAGUCCAUGGCUGUCGCUGCCUGCCACCAAUUGCUUGGUGGGUUUUAGUGCGUUUUGAAGCUUUGGGUCUCUGUCGAUACCUGUGCUUGACAUUGAAUACGGCACCGUUUUUGUUUUACGUUACAGUAGGAGAAUAGCUUCCUUCGAAUGCUCCAUUAAAUUAAUGGAGUAUUUAUAGUUCGUAUUAUUCUCUCAAACAUUCCUUACUUUACUUUCAAACUUCCUUUUGUAAUCUCAAAAAGCUCUCUCUUUUCUUCUCUCUCUCUCUCUCUUUAUCUCUUAUACUUUCUGCGCGUGCUUUGGGUUUUUCCGGAAAGCAAAACAGCGAAAUUAAAUGAAGACUUUCAAUUCUGCUUCUGUACUUUCAGAUCUAAAGAAUAGGACAUGCCUCUGUAGUUUCUUAAUUACAGCAUCUUUGAUUUUUGGUGCUUACUUCAUCGGUAAUUCCUUUGUUACAAAGGAAUACAAAGACAGAUUAACAAGAUGGAGAGUGAUUCCUACUAAAGAGAAUUUAAAGUCUAAGACAUGCAAGAAUCGUUGCAGGCCUCCUGGGAGUGAGGCAUUACCUGAAGGAAUUGUUGUUAAAACAUCUAACUUGGAAAUGCGGCCAUUAUGGGGUUCCAUUCCAAAAAAUAGCAAUGCAAAGCCUUCUGUUAACUUGUUAGCCAUUGCAGUUGGAAUCAAGCAAAAAGACUUGGUGAACCAAAUUGUGAAAAAGUUUCCUUCAAGCAAUUUCGUUGUGAUGCUUUUUCAUUACGAUAGUGUUGUGGAUGAAUGGAGGGAUUUACCAUGGAGUGAUCGUGCCAUACAUGUGUCUGUAAAGAAUCAAACAAAAUGGUGGUUUGCCAAACGUUUCUUGCAUCCAGAUAUAGUUGCUGAAUAUGAUUAUAUAUUUCUUUGGGAUGAGGAUCUUGGAGUAGAGAAUUUUAACCCAAAACGAUAUCUAUCUAUUGUUCAAGAGGAGGGACUUGAGAUAUCACAGCCAGCACUUGAUCCUGUUAAAUCAGAGUUGCAUCAUCCAAUUACUGUACGUAGAAGCAGAUCAAGGGCACACAGAAGGUAUUAUAAGUUUAAAGGCAGUGGCAGGUGCGACGACCAGAGCACUGAUCCUCCAUGCGUGGGUUGGGUGGAAAUGAUGGCACCGGUGUUCUCAAGGGUAGCUUGGCGAUGUGCAUGGUACAUGAUCCAGAACGACUUGAUCCAUGCAUGGGGCCUCGAUAGGAAGCUCGGCUAUUGUGCCCAGGGUGAUCGAACAAAAAGAGUCGGUAUUGUCGAUUCUGAGUACAUAGUUCAUCUGGGUCUUCCCACACUUGGUGCCUCAGAUGGAAAUACGUUAAGCAAUUAUUCACUGGAUCAUUCUUUAAAAGAGAAAUCAAAUCAAGCAGUGCCGGCACCAUCAGACUCCCAAAAAGUCGAUCCUAGAUCUCUAGUCCGGUGGCAGUCCUUCGUUGAAAUGCAAAUCUUCAAGGCAAGGUGGACUAAUGCGUCGAAGGAGGAUAAUUGUUGGGUUGAUCCAUAUCGACAAUCAGCGAACCAAAGUAGAAAUUGAUUUGAUUUAUAGAGCGUUCAUCCAAGCAAAAGGCAAGGUUGCUGACUGGUUCUCAUAAACAACCUGAGUCAAAAAUCAGACAUGCAUCCCAUGUACACCCUUUUUGUGGUCCUGAAAAAGGUCUCAAAACUGCUGAUGAUGUCUUGUUCUUUUGGAUCUUGCAAGGAGCUUGUGACUUGGUGUAACUGACCAUUGUAUCAUAUGGAUUUUGCCCUGGCCAGGAGCUAACCAAUUCUGCUGGCCAAUUUAAUUUGUAUCAUUCAUUUGGUGAAAAUUAUAGAAAAUAAUUUUUCACCAGACACAUUGUUGAUAACCUUUUCAAUACCAAUGUAACUUUUUUUUUUUUUUUCCUCUCUUUUGUAUAACCAUGUAAUUAUUGAGGCAAUUGUGUCUUUGUGGAUCUUCAGUUUAGUUGUACAACUUGUUCUUGAUGCA